AUGGGUAUCAAGCCAGCCGGCGUGCCGGGCAAGACCUGGCCCGCCAUCGCCAUUGGCUUCUUCGUCGCCUUCGGAGGUCUGCUUUUCGGCUAUGACACGGGCACGAUCAAUGGCAUCCUCGAGAUGCCCUACUGGCAACGCCUCUUCAGCACCGGCUACGUCAACACCAGCGGCCAGCCCGACGUCUCGCCGUCCCAGGAGUCCUCCAUCGUCUCUAUCCUCUCUGCCGGCACCUUCUUCGGCGCCCUGGCCUCGCCUUUCCUGGCCGACUCCAUCGGACGUCGCUUGGGUCUCGCCGCCUCCUGCUGGGUCUUCAACCUUGGCGUCGUUCUCCAGACCGCCGCCACCGGUAUCCCCCUCUUUCUGGCCGGCCGCUUCUUCGCCGGCUUCGGUGUCGGUCUGAUCUCCGCAUUGGUCCCUCUCUACCAGUCCGAGACCGCCCCCAAGUGGAUUCGCGGUGCCAUCGUCGGUGCCUACCAGUGGGCCAUCACCAUCGGUCUGCUCCUGGCCGCCGUCAUCAACAACGCCACCCACAGCCGCCAGGACACGGGCUCGUACCGCAUCCCCAUCUCCAUCCAGUUCCUCUGGUCCCUCAUCCUCUUCAUCGGCAUGCUGAUCCUGCCCGAGACCCCCCGCUUCCUCAUCAAGCGCGGCCGCGUCGAGGAAGCCACAAAGGCCCUGGCCAAGCUCCGCCGGCUGCCCGAGAACGACUCGUACGUGGCCGAGGAGAUUGCCGAGAUCAAGGCCAACCACGACUACGAGUCCAGCAUCGGCACCGCCACCUACCUCGACUGCUUCAGGCCCCCCGUGCUCAAGCGCCAGUUCACCGGCAUGGCCCUGCAGGCCCUCCAGCAGCUCACCGGCAUCAACUUCAUCUUCUACUACGGCACCACCUACUUCCAGAACUCGGGCUUCUCCAACGGCUUCGUCAUCGGCAUGAUCACCUCCUCCAUCAACGUCGUCUCCACCAUCCCCGGCAUGUACGCCGUCGACCGCUGGGGCCGCCGCCCCCUGCUCCUCUGGGGCGCCAUCGGCAUGUGCGUCUCGCAGUUCCUCGUCGCCAUGUUGGGCACCUUGACCACCACCCAGGACGCCGCCGGCAACAUCGUCGUCCUCAACCUGCCCGCCCAGAAGGCCGCCAUCGCCUUCGUCUGCAUCUACAUCUUCUUCUUCGCCUCCACCUGGGGGCCCCUCGCCUGGGUCGUCAACGGCGAGAUCUUCAGCCUCAAGACCCGCGCCAAGUCUCUGUCUCUGUCGACCGCCACCAACUGGCUUCUGAACUGGGCCAUCGCCUACGCCACCCCCUACCUGGUCAACUACGGCGAGGGCUACGCCAACCUGCAGUCCAAGAUCUUCUUCGUCUGGUUCGGGGCCUGCUUCAUCUGCAUCGCCUUCGUCUACUUCUUCAUCUACGAGACAAAGGGCCUCACCCUCGAGGAGGUCGAGGAGCUCUACGCCGAGGUCAGCGUCGCCAGCAAGUCGGCCGACUGGAAGCCCACCACGACCUUCCGCGACCGCCAGGCCGCCGAGGGCGACAAGGCCGUGCCGCAAAGCGACGGCGACGCCGCCCACCACGAGAAGACCGCCUCUGCCUAG